CCUUGCCUUUCGAUCAAAAUUUGAUUAACCUCAUUUAACAAUGGCAUCCACAACUACACCAAGUCUAGCUGAUCUAUUCAAGACGCUACAGUUUGCUUGGUUCAUUGGUCACGUCCUCACCUUGUUUGGCUCUGUGUUCUAUGUCCUUUCACUUAUUAUCUUUCGAUCGAGCAUUUUUGCAUAUACACUUGCUUAUGCAGGUGCGCUUGUGUCCUAUGCCGUCGUUCUUUACAAAACUUAUGGUUCACCAAAGUUAACGGCUGAUUAUGGAAGAAGAUUAUCGACAGACGAGAACACAUACUACCUCGUACUGUCUUUAUUAUGGCUUUCACAACCUCCAAUGGCUGUCACCUUGAUUCCUUUUGUUACAUUCUCUGCCUUUCAUGUGCUUGGAUAUCUUCGCACAACUCUCUUACCAGUCUUGCUAGCUGAACAGCAACAGCAUAAGCAGCCUCAUCAGACUGGUAGCAGUAGUAAUGCAAGUGGAUCCCAGACUGGCGCUGAACCCUGGCAGACCAAGACGCAACAACAGAUCAAGACCUGGACAGACACCAACUACGGCCCGGCCAUGCGCUUUGUUGCUCAGGUUGAGGUAGUGGGUGUAAUGGGUCGCCUGUUGUUGGGUGUCUUUAGCCUGCGCUUUCUGCCCAUCUUCUUAUUUGCUCAGUUCCUUCGAUCGCGGUAUCACCUUUCGACAUACACUCGCAUGUCAUUUAGUGAUCUGGCCAGCAACCUCAAUCGUGUCUUGCUGCCACCAACAGCCAGCAGUAAGGUUCCUCUUCUGGUCAGCAAGGUGUACACAAACGUCCGUGAUAUGUUGAUUCGUUUUGCUACCAAUACUACUCCUGCUGCUGCUACUACACCCACUCCUGCCACUACUUCUACCUCUACUACUAAUUAAUGAGGAAGACAUUAGAGAGCCUCCGACUCGAUACAAACACCCCCCUCAAAUAUAUACAUAUAUAAAUAAGACCAAACAAAGAAUCACAAAUGCAUCUCAUUUAUAAUUAAUUAAAAAAAUAUUUAUAUAUAAU